GAAAUGUUCGCUCUUCGUCAUCCCGAAAGUGUGGGCCAACUUAGUGAGUACCGCGACCAGCGGUUCCAAGGUACGCUAAAAGAGCAGGAUCUUGCAUUACGUACAUCAACAACACUGUAUGUGGGAAACUUGUCGUUCUAUACAAGUGAAGACCAGCUAUAUGAACUGUUCAACCGUGCUGGAGAGGUUAAGCGUGUAAUAAUGGGUCUGGAUCGUUUCAAAAAGAGCCCAUGCGGCUUUUGUUUUAUAAUCUAUUAUACUCGAGCUGAUACGGAAAAUGCUGUACGCUUCCUAAAUCGUACAAUGCUUGACGGUAGAAUGAUUCGAGUAGAUUAUGACGCAGGUUUUGUCGAAGGUCGGCAAUAUGGAAGAGGAAAACACGGUGGUCAGGUACGAGAUGAAUACCGAGAGCAGUAUGAUCCGGAUCGAGGCGGAUUCGGAAAAAUUUGGCAAGACAGAUAA